AUGGGACUCAUUACUAUUCAGUUCUCCUUAAUUUAUAUAUUACGGUUCUAUCAGGAGUAUGCAUGGCCUCAAGGUCUGAUGGAUGUUGUUGAGGAUGUGAGUUAUAUCUUGAUUCAUGGAGUGGUGUACAAGAAAGGGGAAGAUGCGACGUGUAAGAUGGUUGUGUCGGCAUCUGAGUUUAAGCCAAGGAUUAGGAUGGCGAUGACGAGUUUGAGUGAUGAGGUUUUGCUUGUGGGAGGAGUUGGUGGACUUGAUAGUGAUAAUUGGGAUAUUAAGAAGAUGUCGGAUGUAGAUGUUUUGACGUUUGGGAGUGAUAGUCCGGUGUGGAGGAAGGUUGCUCCGAUGACUAAGUGUCGUGGAACGGUUUUUGGGUGUACCCAAUUGACAGUAUGA